GAUGACAGAGCCCGAGAGAAACUGGAGCUUUCCAUCGGCGAACAUGCGCUCCAGCGCCCAAUGACCGGCAAAAGCACGCAUUGAGACACGUGCAUCUCCCUGAGACGAACUUCUCGCAAUCCGGAUUUUCGAAAGCCAUGAAUCCGGCUCUGGGGCUAAGCGUCUUGCGCCGGAGAGCGGCUGCUGCUGCUGUUCCGCGCAUCGCAGCGGCGAGACAGGCGAGAAGCUAUGCGACGAAGCAGCCGAGCCCAGUGGCGCAGUUCUACAAGACGUUUACCCGCCCGAUAGGCAAGGUCCUUGUCCUCGCCGUCUUCACAUACCAGGUCGCAUACUGGACCUGGACGAAACUCGAGGCCGAUGAGCAUCGCGCAGAAGCUGACGCGACGAUUGCAGCGCUGGAAAGCACUGUGAAUGAAUAUAAAAAGACAAAAGAUGGAAAGAAGGAUAUGCCGUGAAGGGAGAGAUACCGAAACGGCAUUGAGAAUUGGAAAGGCAUUGAAACUCCAUGCGGGGAGUGGUGAUAUGGCAUGAGGAGCAACAUAUCCAACGCCAUCACGAUACAGACGACGAACAGAUUAUUCAUAAAUCGGGGCCAAAUGAAAAGGCCACUGUAAUACCACCAUCAACAACAAUCAAAGGGCUCUCAUCUCUUGUUGAUGCAUGCAUUUGCCUGUAUUCCG